GUUCGGGUUCGGGUACCGGUUGCUGCGCUGUGUGAGAGUCCCUGGGCUGAGGCGGGGGCCCCCGGCCCGGGGCUAUGGCGGCGAACGAGGACCAGGAGAUGGAACUAGAAGCAUUACGUUCUAUUUAUGAAGGAGAUGAGUGUUUCAAAGAACUUAGUCCUGUUUCCUUUCAGUAUAGGAUAGGUGAAAAUGGCGAUCCCAAAGCCUUCCUAAUAGAAAUUUCAUGGCCAGAAACAUACCCACAGACGGCUCCAAACAUAUCCAUGAAUGCUUUCUUCAACAACACCAUAUCUUUAGCUAUAAAACAAAGUAUAUUGGAUAAAUUAAUGGAAGAAGUUGAAGUUAAUCUUGGAACUGCCAUGACAUACACACUUUUUGAAUAUGCCAAAGAUAAUAAAGAAUUGUUCAUGGAAAAUCAACCUGUUCAUAUUGUGACAUCUGUAGGCAAUAACAUCUCAAUUGGAACUCAUGAAAUAGCCCCAUCAAGUAAGAAAAGAGACAAAAAGGAGCAGUUGUCCAAAACCCAGAAACGAAAGCUAGCAGACAAAACAGAUCACAAAGGGGAGCUUCCUCGAGGAUGGAACUGGGUGGAUGUAAUUAAGCAUUUAAGCAAAACGGGUUCUAAAGAUGAUGAAUAAUGGACUUUGAUACAAGGAAACUUCACCUUUUAAUACAGUGCAAUUUGGGUCAACAUCUUUCUCUUAAUAGCUUUUUCCUCUUGUCAGAGUGGAACAUUUUAUAAAAGGACAAUUUCCUAACUAUUAAACCUGAGCACAGACGUUUAUCCAGAGAUUAUUCUAUUACAUUUUUCUUCAAAACAAAACCUUGCCUUAAAGGGAAGAUAAGUGUGACAUUUUUAUAUUGAACUUUUAGAAAGCCUAUUUGGUUUCUAACUGUCGAAUGCUGAAAAGAAUAGUGAAAUAUGCAGUGUUAAUUUAUAUUGUUUUACUCUGUAGUAAGAAUAUAGUAAAAUUCUGUUAGUGAAUCCUCUGAUAUUGUGACCAUUUCCUGAAGUUCUCAUUCCAAUGGAAUAAAAAUAUUAAAAGUGA